GUGAAGUUGAAUAGUGCAGGAGCAUUGCAGAACACUUAGAAACCAGAGGUAGCUGAAUGUAUUCUUCGCUUUCUUCAAUCGUUUCACCUCCACCUGACGAUGAGUGGAAUACAGCAGGCAUUUCCUUACAGGCGCACAUAGGGGGAGACAGUAAUAUAUGAGAAGAUGUAGCUUCUCAAGGCUAGCUCCACAGCAAUAAGCCUGUGUGAUUCACAGGUUGGUUGAUGAACGUGUGGAGAAACAGGUCAGAGUGGAAAGCCAGCCUCCUCUGCUCUGUAAUUCUGCAGAUCCUGUAUGUCACUCGAUAACCACCACCCAGCCUGUAGUACAAGGGUUACAUUUUCUGGAUUGUAGCUAGGAUAUGGUACAGCACUAUCUUUACCAUGCAUUAACGAUUCCUCUUCACUUCGAAAGGCACCCCCUCCCUUCAAGCACUCCAGUGAAUCCGUGCUGCUUCUGAUUGUUUCUCUCAACUUGGGGGUGUGAAUACAGUGGAGCUGAGAGAGGGGUAGAAGGGUGGGAACCGGACCAGGGGGUGAAGAUUACCCCUGCCGUCAAAGGGAAGCAAAGUCAGCAAUUGGCGUUGAUGACGCUGCACAAGCAGAACAACCAAUCACAUCUUUCCUGCCGCUGGCAGCUGAAACCUCAUUUCUGCAUUUAUCCCAGUGCAGGCUAAGACAAGGAUGGAACGCAGAGCGAAAGAGGAGGAAAAAAAUCUGAAAAAAAACGCACAGUUCUUGAUAGGCAUCAUUAACGGAUUUCUUUGAAAAGGAACCAGAAUAGCAUCAACCUCUGCAAGCUGUGGACUCUUAAAACUCUCACUGCCAGCUCUGUUUUAAUAACUCCUCUCUUAGAUAAAGAGAAAGAAAAGAUAAAGGGGGAAGGGAAUGUGAAACAGCCAAUGCAACUUAGCUGGAAGCUUUGAGCAUUAACCCCUAGAGGGAAAGAAAAAAAGAGGAGUGGGAGGGGAGCUGUGUGAAUACAUAGGAGCACUGCAUCACGCUAAUGUUCAGCUCAGAACAGUAUGCGUCAGCAGUACAUCCACGUUCUGACUGAAGGACGAAAGGAUGAGAGAGCAGCCUGGCUGGUUGGCUGCUGUUUCCAACACCAAGCAAACAGAGAGAGAGGAGGACUAUUAGCAGAGAAAAAUGCUACGGGGCUCUGAUAUCGCUGCCUCUCCUGCUGCCUGCUCUCCUGCUGCUAUCACCACUGGACAAGAAAUUCAAGGCAAACCGAGGAGAACCCCUCAACUCACUACCUCACAACAAAAGGAGCUACAGUGGGAUUUCCAUGAGGCAGGAGAAGACAAGCUGUGAAACCUGUCCCUUCUUUGGACCAAUCUCAGAUCAAGGGCUCAAGCACUGAGGUGUGUGUUUGUGUGUGGUUUCUUCUCCAGCAUACUUUCUAUUCUCCUUUCCACAAAGCUACCCCCUUUACUUGCUGUCCUUUGAGAUAUUGACAGAUUAUUGCUAAGUGUGCAAGAGGCAGGCUGCAGCUGCUGCAUCCACAGCUUGGAAAGCAAAGCUAGUUCGGGGAAAAAAAGCCAGCAAGGAGAGAGGAGGGGAAAAAAAGCAGUCAAUGCCUGCAAUGUGCUGCCUUUCCCUUUGUACAAAUCAGAAUCCUGCAGACAGCCUGUGUAUCAGAGGAAUAUCCAUGGAAAAUUAGACUGUGGAAGAGAAACCAUCGCUCAAGGCAAAAACAGAGGGUUUAGAAUAUUUGGGAGUGUUAACCCUUCUUUGCUUCUCUUUUUAACCAACCGAUACCUGGUCUUCAGUUUCUCUCAGAAAUGGAUUAUCGUCAGUCUUCUGGCAGAGACAGCAGUGGAAUCCAAGGACGAAUAGCUCAACUGCAAAAGGCACCAGUCCCGGGGGAGCAACAGAAUGAUGCACCUGCAUAGCCAAGUGGGCCUCACUCCCUUGUUACAUUUCUCUUAAGGUUAUUUUUUUUUUUUUUUAUCUUCUCUUCUCUUGUGUUGGGAUUUACUAAAGGAGCCAUUUUGUCUUUUAACAUUUACAUCAACCCUGCCAUCAAUUGUAUUUCUUGCUAAUUAAAACUAAGGAAUUUAUGGAAGGACUGAUAUUUGAGCUCCCUGGAGGUGGGCAUUGGCGUGAGGAAUUUGCAAUGAUGUUCUUUUCCUAGGUAUAUAACAUUUUGCUUUUCUGUCUGUUCAAUGCAUUAUAAGUUGAUGUUUUUAGCAAAAUGGAAAAAGCUAACUGCUUCACAACCUAGAACCCCCGUUUCUCCUUUGUUGACCACCACUCCCACCAGUGUGUAGAUGGAAAAGGGAAUUUGUAGCCUCCUGAAGCCUGGGUAGGGCCAAGUUCUCGUUUCCAUGCCAAAUCCCAGACGAUGGUGAAUUAUGAACGUGCCACAUCAUGAAUUUCUUGUGGCUGGUAACUGUGCACCAUACCUGGAAGGCCAUCCUGUUUUCUGUAAUCUACCUCAUGGUGCAAGUGUGGAUCCCCUGUGUAGCAUUUUCAGGGCAACAAAACUGCCCUUCUGUUUGUUCCUGCAGUAAUCAGUUUAGCAAGGUUGUUUGUACACGCCGCGGCCUCUCUGAAGUACCCCAAGGUAUCCCAUCUAACACAAGGUACCUCAAUCUCAUGGAAAACAAUAUCCACAUGAUCCAAGCUGAUACGUUUAGGCACCUCCACCACUUAGAAGUUCUUCAACUUGGCAGAAAUAUUAUCCGUCAAAUAGAAGUUGGGGCUUUUAAUGGUUUGGCUAGCCUCAACACACUGGAGUUGUUUGACAACAGGUUGACUGUAAUACCUAGUGGGGCAUUUGAGUAUCUAUCUAAACUGAGAGAAUUGUGGCUCAGGAAUAACCCCAUUGAGAGUAUCCCAUCCUAUGCUUUCAACAGAGUCCCUUCACUAAUGCGCCUGGACCUAGGAGAGCUUAAAAAGUUGGAGUACAUUUCUGAGGGGGCAUUUGAGGGAUUGUACAAUCUAAAGUAUCUUAACCUUGGAAUGUGUAAUAUUAGAGACAUGCCAAACCUCACCCCCUUAGUAGGGCUAGAGGAACUGGAAAUCUCUGGCAACAACUUUCCUGAAAUCAAACCAGGGUCAUUCCAUGGAUUAAGAGCACUAAAAAAGCUAUGGAUUAUGAACUCUCAGAUAAACAUUAUAGAGCGCAAUGCUUUUGACGACCUGACAUCUUUAGUUGAAUUGAACUUGGCCCAUAACAACCUAUCAUCCCUUCCACAUGACCUUUUUGCCCAUUUGAGAUAUUUGGUGGAACUACAUUUGCACCACAACCCUUGGGACUGUGACUGUGAUGUUCUUUGGCUCUCCUCUUGGCUUCGAGAGUAUAUUCCAACCAACUCUACGUGCUGUGGUCGCUGUCAUUCCCCACCGCACAUGAAGGGGAAGUACGUGGUUGAGGUGGACCACUCAUCGUUUCAGUGCUCAGCCCCUUUUAUUAUGGACGCUCCUAGGGAUUUAAAUAUCUCAGAGGGAAGAGUGGCAGAACUUAAAUGUAGAACUUCAGCCAUGUCAUCUGUUAGGUGGCUGCUCCCAAAUGGUACUGUACUAAGCCACGCUUCCAACCAUCCACGAAUUUCCAUACUCAAUGAUGGAACGUUAAAUUUCUCACAUGUAUUGCUUACUGACACUGGAGUCUACACUUGCAUGGUUACUAAUGUUGCGGGAAACUCUAAUGCUUCGGCCUAUCUCAAUGUCAGUACUGCAGAGCUCAACACUUCCAACUACAGCUUCUUCACUACCGUCACUGUGGAGACUACAGAUAUGGCCCCUGAAGACAUCUCGAUAAUAAUCAAGCCAGUGCCAACCACUUCCACUGGGUAUCAGCCAGCAUAUACCACUACCACCACAGUGCUCGUCCGAACCACCAAAAUGCCAAAACAGGUGGCGGUCCCAACUUUAGACACUGGAGACAAAACGCAAACUAGCUUGGAUGAGGUAAUGAAGACCACUAAAAUAAUCAUUGGCUGCUUUGUGGCAGUCACACUUUUGGCAGCCGCCAUGCUAAUUGUGUUUUACAAAUUAAGAAAGCGGCAUCAACAAAGAAGCACUGUAGCAGCUGCACGAACUGUCGAGAUUAUUCAAGUGGAUGAGGACAUCCCAAGUGGGAGUCCAACAGGAGUAUCAGGUGAGGGGGCAGUAGUUAUGCCAACAAUUCACGAUCAUAUGAACUACAACACCUACAAGCCAGCACACCAUGGGGCCCAUUGGACGGCAAACAGUAUCGGUAAUUCUCUACACUCCACAAUUACAACCAUCUCUGAACCUUAUAUAAUUCAGACCCACACAAAAGAGAAGGUACAGGAAACUCAAAUAUGACUUUUUUUCAAAUUAAAAUGCAAUAGAAUGCACAAAGACAGCAAGUUUUGUACAGAAAGAGAGAGAGACAUUUUUGUUUUCUUGUAAAUGCUUAUAUAUUAAAUCUAUGGGCUGAUGACAGAAACAGAUUAUAUUAAAAUUUAAAAAUAUUUUCUAACUUGUAAGUUCUAUUUAAGAAGAGUUAUGGUUAUGGUUAGGCAGAAAAAAAAAUUUAAUUAAAUAUGCUGUUAAUGUGCCAUAAUGACUAAAAUGCAAGGCUUAGCCUUGUUUUAAAUCAGAAAGCAAGAUGAGAGGUCCAUGAAUACAAUCUUCUGUUUUUCACACACACAUAAAAAAAAAAAAAAAACAUGCUGCUCAAAUACAGGAGCAACACCCCAUUUCUUAGGAGAAUUCUUUUGUUAAGAAGUCCCAGACCAAUCUUUGCAGGUUUAUCUUAAUAAAAAAAAGAGGAAAAUGCACCACAAAUUUGUACUGUGCCAAAUGUUUAAAAAAAAAUAAAAUAAAUGCAAUAAAGGAUUUUUUUUUGAAGACUUUGAGGGAAAUAAUCUAUUUUGUUAUAGUAUAUAGUUAUAUCUAUUUGCAUUUCAUAGAAGAUAUGGGGACAUCAAUCCCCCCUCUGUGGUUAGGGGUGUCUAGUUUUGGUUACCCAAGACUAACUACGCCCACAGAAAUGGGUUACAAAAAAAUAUUGGGUGGAGGGCAGUCUGCUCUGCCUUGAUAUAUACAACUAUGGCAGAGCCACGAUGCAGGAUGCUAAAAAGCUGGCGCAUCUUUCCACUCUGCACCAAACUCCUGCAGAUCUAAUUAACCCUUUGUCAGGCUACUGAUGUCUGCAGAUGAGAAAACAAAUUGUGUUACUAAGGAGUUAAACAUAAUUAACCAUUUUUAACAGUCUGCAGCUGUUACUUUGAUUAUGCAUAAAGGGUUAAGAUAUUUCCAACUGGUUAACCCAGCAUGGUUUAAAGAAUGAUACAUUUACUAGUGUAUGGCCACUGUUGUCAUUUUAUUGACAAAAGCAAAAUCUGCAUUACGAAAGAACAUCUGAGCUCAGUGCAACAAACACUGUAUUUCAAUCUGUGACUCAGUAACAGAAAAACAUGUUAUUCUUACGAUAUCAACUAGCAGGAACAUUGAUGAAUUGCUGCAUGAUCAGAAAGGGAGCUGCAGCUGCAUAUUUUGUGUGUGUGUGGGGGGGAGGUAUGUUUGCAGAGAUUUUAUAUUUUCAUGUAUGUGUUUUUUCUAUGAAGGAAUCAAUGUCUGUAAUUAAAUCUGCAGUUCAGGGUGCUGCGGGCCUUUUCUUAUGGUACAGUGUGUUACAGAGGCUUUGAAUAUUGCAGAUUAAAAUUCUAGCAACCGGAAAUGGGGUAGAACAACUUUGCUUCUCUCACUCUUUCUGCAAUGAUUAAAAACAUCUCCAUUUAUCACCAUGGGAAGAAAUGUAUUGCUUUAAAACUGUAAUGUUUCAAGGAGGAAGCAUGGCUAUAAGACCCAUUAACCCUGGCACAGUGGGCAUGUCAUGCAAUAUAUACCUGUGUUACAGUGGAAUGUAUCUAUGCAGCUCUUAAAAAUGUAUGAUUUAUUAUUUUAUGAAAAACAUAUGGAAAACAACAUUUGUUCCUUAAAAAUUGUCACCAAGUUGUGGUAUGCUGAAUUUUGCCAGAUAUAAUAUAGAAUAUAUAUCUACAUUGAGCACAAACCAUUAUUAAAAAGUCAAAAAUUCUGACUAUUUCUCCUUGAAGUGAAAAAAUUGUCUACAAGGUCAAACUAAGUUCUUCUCAGUACCACAGUACAUGGUUCCUCUUGCUGGUUAAUAGAUGUCACCUCUAAGUAAUUACCAUUCAUACGUGAUGUGUCCUUUUAAUGUACUUGUCUUUAGAUCAGUAUAUUGUGAAUUUUACAGUUAUAUGCUACUAAACAGUGUGAUAAAGUCCUAUGAGGGUCUAAUGCACCUAUUCACAAUACGCAUUUGACACCUUAUGAAAACACAGGAAUUUUUAUUUUGUAAUGUGAACUGCUGUAUAUUUGGGAGCACCUUGUAUUGUGGCACUGUUUUGAUAUGCAGAGUAAUACAAUUGUCAUACAAUUGUCAGAAGCCAAUGUCACAAAAUGUGUCAUUUUAGUGGACUAGAAAAGCUUAGCUCAUUAGGUAUGCUUGAUAAAACAUUUUUACCAUAGGCAGUAAGCGUGCAGUGGCAUAAUCUUUUCUACAUUAUAUCAACAUGCUAAUAUGCAAACUGGGCUGGUGGCCUUGCAUACUGCUAAACUAUGCCCAAAAGGCUAAAAAAAAAAAUAUACAGCAAUCCGGGUUUUCAAUCCUACAACGAUCAAACAAAUUAAUCUUCGUUCAAAAAUUGAAGCCUAAGGAAAAAAGUAUUUCAAAAUGUCUAAUAUAUAUUAAUAGAUCAGAUCCACACUCGAAAUUAUGUUUUUUUAUAUUAUUAUUUUGCCAAAGCAAGAAGUGGAGAGAGUAUAAAGGCAUUAUGUACUUUUGUUCUUUCUGUGUCUAUUGUUUAUCUUGGCUAAAAGUAAAUCAAAAAAACUUGAAAAACUGCACUGUCAUUGGGGCCUAAGGACAGCAAGCUACCAGAUAAUACAAUUUUCCAGAAGACCAUCAAUUUUUUCCAAUAGGCUUGUAAAUGAAAACUUUAAUUAGGCAACAUCUAGAGCACAAUUAAAGGUGGAUUAAUGGGAUUAGGGGAGGCAAACAAUCGCUUCAGAGUAUUUAUGAGAACACACAGUGGUGUUCCUGAUACAUGGGGAAAGGAAAUUGGUCAUACAAACACAAUAAACAUAGGCCAUUUGGCAUGGCAUUCAACUAGCCAUAGAAGUUUAACAUUAAAAGCUUAAUAUAUUUGUGGACAAUUUUACAGUUUCAUGGGAACAUUCAUCAUGGGAAAAUAUAAAUAAAUGAUAUGAGAUUGGAUCUAAAAUCUGUUUUAUUCCACCAUGUUCUCAUAGA